UUCAUAAAUUGGUGACGUGGAAUAUAGACGAAAUACAAGAUUCAGAAGCCUCAAAGAGAUAAAUAAAUACGUCACUAACAAAAGUAUCCCACUCAACGAAUCUUCUUCUUCUCAUAGCCAUUGCCAUGGCUAAGCUCUCUCUCUCCUCCUCCUUCUUCGUCUUCUCUCUCUUCCUCUGUUUCUUAUCCUCCUCUUCUUCUUCUUCUUCUUCUUCUUCUUCAUCGGAUGGCUUAGAAUCCUACAUCGUCCAUGUGCAGAGCUCUCAUAAGCCUUCCCUCUUCUCCUCCCACAAUCACUGGCACGUCUCACUCCUCCGCUCUCUCCCUUCUUCUCCUCAACCAGCAACGCUCCUCUACUCUUACUCACGUGUCCUUCAUGGUUUUUCCGCUCGUCUCUCCUCUCUCCAUACCGCCGCACUCCGCCGUCAUCCUUCCGUCAUCUCCGUUACCCCAGAUCAGGCGCGUCAGAUUCACACCACCCACACGCCUGCCUUCCUCGGUUUCUCCCAAAAUACUGGUCUCUGGAGCAACUCUGAUGACGGCGAAGACGUGAUCGUCGGAGUUCUAGAUACUGGAAUCUGGCCGGAGCAUCCGAGUUUCUCGGAUUCAGAUCUCGGUCCAGUUCCAUCUACCUGGAAAGGCGAGUGCGAGACCGGACCUGAUUUUCCCGCCUCAUCUUGCAACCGGAAAAUUAUCGGAGCUCGAGCGUAUUACAAAGGAUAUUUAACGCGACGGAACGGAACAAAAUUGCAUGCGGCGAAGGAAUCGAGAUCACCGCGCGAUACAGAAGGUCAUGGAACACAUACGGCAUCUACGGCGGCUGGAUCGGUGGUUGCUAACGCGAGUUUGUACCAUUACGCGCAGGGAACGGCGCGUGGGAUGGCGUCUAAGGCUAGAAUCGCCGCUUACAAAAUCUGUUGGAGCAGCGGCUGUUACGACUCCGAUAUCCUCGCCGCCCUGGAACAGGCAGUUGCGGACGGUGUUCACGUUAUCUCUCUCUCCGUCGGGGCAAGCGGUUCCGCCCCGGAGUAUCACAGGGAUUCUAUAGCGAUCGGAGCAUUUGGAGCGACGAGGCACGGCAUCGUCGUUUCUUGCUCCGCCGGUAACUCUGGUCCUGGUCCCGAAACUGCGACGAACAUCGCUCCUUGGAUAUUAACCGUCGGUGCGUCCACCGUAGAUAGAGAAUUCUCGGCAAACGUAAUCACUGGCGACGGGAAAGUCUUCACGGGAACAUCAUUGUACGCAGGCGAAUCUCUGCCGGAUUCUCAAAUUUCUCUGGUAUAUUCCGGCGAUUGCGGAAGCAGAUUGUGCUCCGUUGGGGAAUUGAAUUCAUCAUUGGUUGAAGGCAAAAUUGUUCUAUGUGACAGAGGAGGCAGCGCCAGAGUUGAAAAAGGAAGGGCCGUCAAACUAGCCGGUGGUGCAGGUAUGAUUCUAGCGAACACAGCCUCAAGCGGUGAAGAACUCACAGCCGAUUCGCAUCUUGUUCCAGCGACAAUGGUUGGAGCUAAAGCUGGAGAUCAAAUCCGCGACUACAUCAAAACAUCAAACUCUCCCACCGCAACUAUCAGCUUCCUAGGCACUUUGAUCGGACCAUCUCCGCCUUCUCCCAGAGUCGCUGCUUUCUCUAGCCGUGGACCAAACCAUUUGACCCCGGUUAUCCUCAAACCGGACAUGAUUGCGCCUGGAGUCAACAUUUUAGCCGGUUGGACCGGGAUGGUUGGUCCAACCGAUUUAGAUAUCGAUCCAAGACGGGUCCAAUUCAACAUCAUCUCGGGUACAUCGAUGUCGUGCCCACACGUGAGUGGGCUGGCCGCACUCCUCCGUAAAGCUCAUCCCGAUUGGUCACCUGCGGCGAUCAAAUCGGCACUGGUAACAACCGCUUACGAUGUCGAAAACUCCGGCGAAGCAAUCGAGGAUCUCGCCACGGGGAAAUCAUCGAACCCGUUCAUCCACGGAGCUGGACACGUGGAUCCAAACAAAGCUCUGAAUCCUGGUUUGGUUUACGACAUUGAAGUGAAAGAAUACGUGGCUUUCCUAUGCGCUGUUGGAUACGAGUUUCCGGGGAUUCUAGUCUUCCUUCAAGAUCCAAGUCUUUACGACGCGUGCGAAACGAGCAAGCUCAGAACCGCCGGAGAUCUCAACUAUCCAUCAUUCUCCGUGGUUUUCGGAUCGACGGGAGAGGUAGCGAAAUACAGAAGAGUUGUUAAAAACGUGGGAAGCAACGUGGACGCGGUGUACGAAGUGGGAGUGAAAUCACCGGCGAAUGUCGAGAUAGAAGUGUCUCCGAGCAAGCUAGUGUUUAGCAAGGAGAAGAGGGAGCUGGAGUAUGAAGUGACGUUUAAGAGCGUUGUGCUUGGCGGAGGAGUCGGAUCCAUGCCGGGUCAAGAAUUCGGGUCGAUCGAAUGGACAGACGGUGAUCACGUGGUUAAGAGUCCGGUGGCCUUCCAAUGGGGUCAGGGAUCAUCUGCUCAGUCCUUCUGAAUGAUCAUUGGGCUCUGGUUCGAAAUGACAUCUUAUCGGGUUUGUUUAAUGGGCCGAUGAUCUGUAUACUCAAUAUUGAGCCCCUCGGUCUCUGCAUGGGGCAUGGGGUGAAUGACCAGAAAAAAUCGAUUGGCAUUUGUAAACUUUUAGAUUCUUGUUUGAUUUUCAUGCAUCCGUCCGGGUUUGGCGAUGAAAUAAAACAAACGAUUCCAAUUCGAAAAAAUUACCGUGUGUUUUACUUUGAA